GAUACCACUUGUUGGGAUUGGAAAAUUCUUCUAUUCAAUAUCAAGAACAGAAUUACAAUAGGAGGAGCAAACUCUCACACUCAACUAUUACAAAAAAUCAAUCCUCACCAAUACACUUCUACACUAAGUGUAUUUCACUCUUCACACACUUUUCUCACUUUCUAAACUGAUACUAUGAACAACAAUGGAGCACUCUAUUUAUAGGGCUGGUUUGGAGACAUGAGGAAGUUGCAUCCAAGCUUCCUAGUUAUCUCCAUAUCUUCUCCCACACCUAUUUAAGGUGUCUCUUGGCAACUUCCAAGAAACAAGGUGGAAGAUACCUACAGUAGUAUUAAUGAUAUCAAUAAUUUUGAGAUGUUCCGGCUGCCGGGUAUUCAAGAAUCUGUUCCCGGGGAUGAUGAAUCGGAGGCACUGCCACCGUCCUAUCAGUACAACUACAACCCUGUUUUCUAUCCAGUCGAACCCAUGGCAAACUCAUUUCUUGGUUUGGAUGCAUAUGAUGAAAUUACUGGAUUCCAGGAGACACUGCCACCCGCCGCCAGCAGCCAAGAUGGUGGUGGUUUUGGUAGUGAUAAUGGCAUCAAUAGUUUUGAAAUGUUCCAGCUGCCGGGUGUUUUAAAUGCAGCAGAUUUUGCAGAAUGGCCAAGCAACUAGAAGUUAAGGCCAGAGUAGUAACUAACUAAAGCGGCUGGCCAUGAUCUAUCUGACUUGGGAUACAGAUUUAUUUCCCGGAAUGAUCGUACAUCACAGGCUAACCAUGGACCAUUUCCCCUUAAUUAGCACCAACAGCUAGGCAUUACAUUGCAUGUGCUGGAUCAUUCAGCAUCAUCGCGGCGUGCUCGAUGCUUGCCGCCGCAGAGGCCAUUCGUGUGCGCUCAGAUCCGAGCGCGCGGUAGCCAGAUGGACGUAAUUGCUCGGCCGGGAUUAUAUACUCCGUAGUAAUUAGGUGCCCAUAAUGAAAUGCAAACUACUACCUCCCUCCCAAAAAAUUCUUCUCACUUUGACUUGAUAGAGAGAUUAAAGUGGAAUAAAGUGAAAAUAUAUAGUUGUGAUUGUGUAAGAAAAAAGUGAAAUUAAUGUGAACCACACAAGUUGUCCAAAAAUGGUAAGUGGGAAGAAUUUUUUGGGACGGUCCAAAAAAGAAAGUGGGAAGAAUGUUAUGGGACGGGGGGAGUAUAAUUUAUGUUCCCUCAAAAAACCUAAUUUAAUUUAUGUAUAUAAUUUUAGAAUACUUAUUUUGAGAUUUUAGAAUAUAUAAUUUGAUUUUAAUUAAUAACUUCUUAUAUUUAUCAAAUUAAAAAUAUAUUUAGGACUUUUCAUUUAUAUGAAUUUUAUGAAAUCGUGAGAAAUAUCGAUUUGUUAAAUUUAUUUAACAAUAUUAAAAAAUUCAAUUACAUUAUACUUCAUGUUGGGUUAUUGGCCCAACUGGGAUUGACCCAUAAACCUUAAGGCCACCCUACGAACG